CACUUCCUCGCCGACGUUGACGCGAUUCUUGUAGUUUGCCUGCGCCGCGCUCUCUCUCUGCAUAGCUUUCUCGCAUGCAGCUACCAACUGGGUAGGCCAAUCAGUUUGUCGCAGAUACUGUCCCGGUGCGGUUAUAGUGUACGGACAAAAUACGGCGCGUUUGUCAGCGUACGAAUUGGACGCGUUACUGAAGAAUAAAAUUUGCCCAGCAAAAUAUACAGUGAUUGAUUUGAUGGUGCCCAACCACAAAAGUAUAGUGAAAUUAUAAAGCAUUCUAAAGUGUACUAGUGUUCUAACGGUAAUAUUGUGUGCUAUGAAAAAUUAAUUGAAAUAGCAACAAAAUUGAAAGUGCUAACUAAAAUUGUUGUAAAUUUGCGUUUGAGUUGAUAAAAAAUCGUGCAAAUUUCGUGCAGCAACGCAUUUGCUCGUCUACAACGCAACGCAACCUGUGACGCGCAACACAGCAGCGGCAGCAGAGCGUUUCUGCUUUCCACACGCAGCUGCCACAUGCAUUUUGAAGCAUUUUCCGCGUAGGAGCAACGCGUCUAACGAGUGGCAGCGACGCGGCACAGUUUGCUGCUGAUUUUAGGGGUCGCAACACGUCGCGAGUUGCACGAACCCAAACGGACUGGCACACACACAUACAUACAAAAGUGGUGUUGCCUGAUUGUUGUGUAAUACUCUCUCACACACACUACAUUCUAUGCCGCACGAUUUCGAACGGCGACGCUAAGAGCACGCAAAACAAUCGUGCAACAGUGAAAACAUAACAAACAAAAAUAAGAAAUAAAAGAAAAUCGAAAAGUGUAUUUUGAAUAAAAGUGAAAUAUUACGAAAAGAAAGUCGCGACGAAAGAAGAAAUAAGAAAAACAAAAACAACAAAAAUAAAGUGCAAUCGUUGCAUAUCGCAUAUCGCGUCUCUCGCGCAACCAACCGUGCAACACCCUGCCUGCCACAAUGCAAGUUCAAGUUCGGCGUUCUUGAGCUACUUAAGCUGCAACUAGCUUUGCUGCACACUUGCAACGUGCCACAUCUUACGCCGUGGUACGCCCGUUCGUUCGUAGUGCGGUCGUUCGGUUUGGCCAUUGAUUCUUGUUGUGGUCGCGGCAGCAUGAAAUCGAAAUCGAAACUGAAAUUGAAAAUGGCAAAUACAAUAACAAAUACAAACACAAAUCAAAGGCACAGUCGUUGCCCCAACAGCAGCAGCAGCAGCAAUAAAAGUGCACACAAUGCCACAGCUGUUGUUCGCUGUCGUGCCACUAUAAACAUGUCACGCAACCGUGGCAGCACGUCGUCGGUAUUGCCACAUAGCGUCGCCGGCCGGCAACGUCGGCGUGGCAGCACACCCGUCUACGAAGCAAACCCAGGAUUACUCUUUCAGGCAGCUUUGUUGCUGGCUUUAGUGUUGGCGCUUGGCGUUGGUGUUGAAGCUCAGUAUCAAUCACCGCGUAUAAUCGAGCAUCCAACAGAUUUGGUUGUGAAAAAGAAUGAACCUGCCACACUGAAUUGCAAAGUCGAAGGCAAACCGGAGCCGACAAUUGAAUGGUUUAAGGAUGGCGAACCGGUCAACACAAAUGAAAAGAAAUCGCAUCGCGUACUCUUUAAGGAUGGUGCGCUCUUCUUCUAUCGCACAAUGAUGAGCAAAAAGGAACAAGACAGCGGCGUCUAUUGGUGUGUGGCCAAGAAUCAUGUCGGCAAGGCGAUUAGCCGGAAGGCCACGCUACAAAUUGCCGUUCUACGUGAUGACUUCCGCUCGCAACCGAAGGACACACGUGUGGCUAAAGGCGAAACAGCUUUACUGGAAUGUGGUCCACCGAAGGGCACACCAGAACCGGCGCUAAUUUGGGUGAAGGACGGUGUACCGUUGGAUGAUUUAAAAAUGAAAUCUUAUGGACCCACAUCACGUAUACGCGUCGUCGAUGGUGGCAAUUUAUUGAUAAGCAAUGUGGAGCCCAUCGAUGAGGGCAACUACAAGUGCAUUGCGCAGAAUUUGGUUGGCACACGCGAGUCCGGUUAUGCUAAAUUAAUUGUGCAAGUCAAGCCGUACUUCAUGAAGGAGCCGCAGGAUCUCACCGCACUCUCCGGUCAAACGGUGCAGUUUCAUUGUCUCGUCGGCGGUGAUCCGCCACCGAAAAUACUCUGGAAGAAGGAGGAGGGCAAUAUACCGGUGGCUCGUGCGCGCAUACAACACGAUGACAAAAGUUUAGAAAUCACCAACAUUUCACCAGCCGAUGAGGGCACCUACGUGUGUGAGGCGCACAAUAGUGUCGGACAGAUAAGUGCACGCGCCUCGCUAACAGUACAUGCGCCACCCACAUUCGUUGUGAAGCCGCAAGAUAAAAAGGUCGGUCUCAACGGUGUUGCGCAGUUUCCUUGCGUUGCCGAUGGCAAUCCACCGCCUUCGGUGUUCUGGACAAAAGAGGGCUCCUCGACGCUGAUGUUCCCCAACAAUUCGUACGGUCACAUGCAUGUCUCCGUCGAAGGCACACUACAAUUGAGUGGCGUACAAAAGGACGAUGCCGGCUACUAUGUGUGCUCGGCCUUUAGCGUUGUGGACUCAACAACGAUACGGGCAUUCUUGCAGGUUACCUCUGUGGAUGACACCCCACCGCCGAUUAUACAAAUUGGUCCCUCAAAUCAAACGUUACCCAAAGGCAGUGUUGCCAUGUUACCAUGUCGCGCAACCGGGAAUCCGACACCACGUGUCAAGUGGUAUAAGGAUGGCACAAUGCUGCAGAAUGGCAAUCGUUAUACGAUAGUACAGGGUGGUUCGUUGCGUAUCGAUGACCUACAACAAAGUGACUCCGGCCUAUUUACUUGCACAGCAUCCUCAGAGAGUGGAGAGACAUCAUGGUCAGCUACACUAACGGUGGAAAAGGGCAGUUCGUCACUGCUACACCGUUCGGUGGACCCCAGCGCCUAUCCAGCACCGCCCGGCACACCAAAGGUGGUGAACGUCACACAGCACAGCAUCGCGCUGCGUUGGUCGCGCAGCCAAGAUAAGCCGGGAGCGACUAGUCCAAUUAUCGGCUACACGGUGGAGUACUUCAGUUCGGAUCUGCAAACAGGUUGGGUCAUUGCCGCACAUCGUGUGCCUGAUCAGCAAAUAACGAUCUCCGGUUUAAAACCAGCCACAUCGUAUGUCUUCCUCGUUAGAGCUGAGAACACCCAUGGACUGUCAGUACCCUCUGGUCUCUCGAACGUCAUAAAGACUUUGGGCACAGAAUCGGGUACAGUGCCGCCAAGUGAAAUAUCUGCUGCGCGUUCAGUGCUGAGUGGCAAGGUUGUCGAAUUAAUUGAUGCCGCAGCAAUUAAUUCCACCGCCGUACGUCUGGACUGGGUGAUGCAUGUGAGCGUAACGGAGAAAUAUGUGGAGGGUCUUUAUAUACGUUAUCGCGAUAUAAGCGCCAAUUCGCAGCAAUACAACAUUUUAACGGUGCUGAAUCCCUCGAUCGAAUCGCAUGUCGUCGGCAACCUAAAGGAGUAUACGAAAUAUGAAUUCUUCUUGGCGCCAUUCUAUCAGACACUGGAGGGUCAGCCGAGCAAUUCGAAGAUCGUGCAGACGUAUGAAGAUGUGCCCUCAGCACCGCCGGACAACAUACAAAUUGGCAUGUACAAUCUGACAGCGGGUUGGGUGCGUUGGUCACCGCCGCCGCCGCAGCAUCACAACGGCAACUUGUUGGGCUAUAAAAUCGAAGUGACCGCUGGCACUACUUUGAAGGUCUUGGCAAAUAUGACUUUGAAUGCAACAACAACUUCUGUGCUACUAAAUAAUCUUACGACCGGUGCUACAUACAAUGUCAGACUGAAUUCUUAUACAAAAGCAGGCGAAGGACCCUACGCAGAGCCAGUCUCACUCUUCAUGGACCCUACCCACUUGGUGCAUCCGCCACGUGCACAUCCAAGCGGCUCGCAUAGCGGUAUUGCCGGCAGUCACGGCCAUCCAGCUGGUGCUGGUGUCGAUGGCGGUCAUUAUGCUUAUCAUCCAGCUGGCAUGCCGGACGAUGCGGCCACCACUACGACACAUCAUAAAUCAACGAAUGUUGUACAUCAAACUUGGUUUAUGGUUUUGGUGAUAGUCUUUCUGUUGGUCAUAUUCUUUGUCACCGUCGGUGUGAUGGUAUUCUUUAAACGACGACACAAGCUGACCAAGGAGCUGGGUCAUUUAAGUGUAGUCAGCGCCAAUGAAAUCACCGCACUCAACAUUAAUGGCAAGGACAGCUUGUGGAUUGACCGCGGCUGGCGCACCACCGACACCGACAAGGAUUCCGGCUUGAGCGAAACGAAACUGCUAUCGAAUGCGAAUAGUCAAUCGAAUUAUACAUCGGAUGGCGGCACCGACUAUGCGGAAGUGGACACGCGCAACAUGAGCACCUUCUACAACUGUCGCAAGAGUCCUGAGAAUCCGACACCAUAUGCCACGACCAUGAUUGUGGGCGCUUCCUCUACGGAGACCACAUGCAUGAAGACCUCCUCGUCGAGCACUGAUCAGGAUUCGGGCACGAAUUCACCACACUCAGACGGCAAUACCCCACAAUGUGUGGGUGGCGGCGUUAAUGCGCCUGGCAUGCCAACUGUGGGCGGUGGCAAGCACAACUAUCAUCCAUAUCCACCAGAACAAUUUAAUUGGUCAGAGUUCUUGCCACCACCACCGGAGCACCCACCACCACUGCCAAGUGGCUGCAAUGCUGGCAGCGGCGGCGCUAACACAGGCGGCGUAAUAUACGCACCCGGUUCACCACAGUCUUCACGCAAAAGCUCCAAGAGCGGCGGCUCGGGCAUGUCAACACAUCAGAGCGCUUUGAACUCUUCCAUACACAGCAGCUCCUCGGGCGGUUUCUCCACGUGGGGUGUGUCACCACAAUGCGUUGCCUCGCGGCCAACGGAGAAUUACUACAAUAAUCCUUUGCCUUGUGUAGGCGGCUCACAGAAUCGUUACCAGAUUACACCGACCGGUCAACAUCCACCACCACUGCCACCAUACUUUCCACCUGGUGCCGCGGGCACCGCACAACUACCGCCACGCAACAUACAUAUCCACUACCCGGCGCCCAGGCAUGCCAUGAGCGAGUACCAGCCGACGGGCACACACAAUUCACGUUGCUCCAAUGGACGCGCCUGCAAUAGCUGCGAUGCGCUCGCCUCACCUCUGCAACCGCUGCCACCACCGGGUGAAGGUUGGUAUCAGCCACUGCAGGCGCACAUGCCACCCAGCGCCGGUGGCGCCAAUCCCAUCUAUCAAUGUUCCUCCGAGUGUUCCGAUCAUUCGCGACAUUCACACACGCACACACACGCGCACAAUCACGCACACGCGCAUCAGCACCAACACGGCUCCCAUAUGCACGCGCAUCAACAUCACACGCACGGUCAGGCGGCGUACGCGGGCAACGGCAACGAUACACUGCGUUCGGAGAGCAGCCAAGAGGGCGGCGGUAAGGGCAAUUACCGUUGUCAGAAGCAAAUAGGCGGCGGCAGCAGUAACGGCGGGUACGCGGACAUCAACGAGUCGACGGAGCGCGAGCACAUGCUCAAGGGCGGCAUAGGUGGCGGCUGCGGCAACGGCAACACCAGCACGCUGGGCGGCAGCUCGUCCUGCGGUUAUGAGGUGCUCGGCGAUCACCGGAAUUGCAGCGACUGUUGCAGCAGUUCGCGUGAAGGCGACACCUGUUCGUGCAGUGAGGGCUCCUGUUUGUACGCGGAGGCGGGCGAGCCGGGCAUGCCGCCGCCGCCGAGCAGCGCGCAUUUAGGCGGCGGUGUUGUUGCUGCCGGCAAGCUGGUGACGCAGCAGGGCAAUUGAUAUGCGGCCGGCGUGAGUGAUGUGGUUAUGUACUUUUAGUGGUUGCCAACGGUGCAGCUGCCGAUGUACGAGCAGGCUGCUGUAGGCGUUGGCCGGUGCAACAACGGUGAAGGUAACGGCAACAUCGGCGCGGCGCUAAUUUGUGAGUAGUCUACUAGUGAGUUGUAUGUAGUACGUGUAAGUGGUAACUAAGCGAAUUAAGUGUAGUUAAGUAUUUAUAUGUAUAGGUUAGCUAUGUACUUGUAUGCGUGUGUAGGUUAAGCUGUGUUGUAUGUAUGCGCGCAUCGAAAUGGUUGUGUAGUUUUAGGCGCUGCCACAAGGCACCUAACCGCAAACAAUGGCAAAUGUUGCACGAAACCCUGAACUGAACUGAAAAACUGAACGAACACAAAAAUAACAACAAACUAAGAAGACAAAAAUAAAAGGAAACUAAUAGCACAUACAGUUUAAAGCAGCGCUAGACUGUGUCGACUGACAGACAAUUCCAUGUAUUCCGUAUUUCAAAUGGCAUUUAGCAACGCUUUCCCAGACACAAGCGCAUCACGCAACAACAAAAUUUAGUUACACAGUCCUAAAAUAUCAUAAUUUUCAGCCGUUUUCGAAUGAGGCAAGAUAACCUUCACCCUUACCACACAAUCAACGCCACCCCAAACCCAACAAUUUUGUUCAAGCUUCGCUUUAAAGAGUAAUGCCACGCUUACUCGCGUGACUGCCACACAUUUUGCAUGCCAACCGAGCGUCACCAAAACCAUUUGCAAGCGCACAGGCGACAUAUAGUAACUGGCGUAACACCCUUUACGGCUGCUUAGACUCGAAAUCACCUUCCCUCUCCUUAAUAAAUAACAUGCUCUAGCAUACCAACGCGUCAUUUUUAAAAAUGGCUACCUUUCAGCAGCGACUGCUUGCCACAAUUCCACGCCAAUUGACGACAAUUUUCUUUGAAAUGCAAAUUGUCACAAAUAUACAUAAACAAAACGAAAUUUUGCUGCCGGCUAGCAGUUAGUGUACCAUGUAAAUGGUGCCGCUGUUACGGAGGGCGCUUCAAAAAUUUAUGUUACUGCCGUUAUUGCAUACAUAUAUAGAUGACUAGGUACAAAACUUGUCAAUAUGUCUAAAUAUGUCACGCUCUGCAUGCUAGUCGUAACACAGUCGCAUAUCCGUCGCAUAUCCGUCGCAGUCUCAGCUUGUUUUCUAUCCUUUGCGCCUAAAGGUAUGCUAAAAACAAUUUUGCAAUCAUUUAACACGCAAUUUCCAAUGUCUGCCUACUUCGCGUUUCCAGCAGACUUUUAAAGCAACGCUUUGCUUCUUUCUCCGUACUCUUUUCUACUUUGACCGCCAGCUAGCGCAUUUUGUCUACAAUCUAUCAUAGUGCUAGUAUAAAUCUAAGGCAGUGUACGGUAUAAAAGCGAAGUUUAUGCGCCGAUAAAUUACCGAAGCUGGUGAUAAAUGGUUGUUUGGCCCGAUAUUGGUGGGUGGUAUGCAAGAGUUUCCCUUGUUGGAAGUUAGUGGUAUACAAAAGUAGAAGACUAUGCUCUUUUUGGAUAUUCAAUAAUAUUUUAUAACUUUUCGUAUAAAUAAUAAACUGUGUCAUAUGUUUGUUAUUCUUUUUGUAAAUGUGGAGAAAACUUUGACAUACAUGUUUUGGUUCAAAUAUUGGCUUAACAGUGGUGUGUUCGUUUCACGCUAUUUUACUUAUAAUUUACUGUUGUUUGAGCAGGAUUUUAAUGUUUAAACUUUUGCUUCAACUUUAAAUUAUUUUAUAUUUAAAUUUUUUUUAAUAAAAAUCCAUAACGCAAUGCUAUUUAGCAGGCCGUACCAGUCUCUUAAAUGUAAUGGCUUCGCUGUUAACAAUUUUACAUGAAUUCCACUCUAACUGUUAUUUUAACAUUGUCCGCUAAAAUAUGUACGGACUGUGGACAAUAGAUGAAGUAAUUUAGUUAACAAAUUUUUUAUGAAGAAAUAUAACAAAUAAUUUUAAUUUUUAUUUUAAUUAAUUUAACAUUAUUUUCAAAUUUUUAUAUUAAUAUUUUCGCCAUUUUUUAUUUUAGAAAUGUUAAUAUUUUCUAAAUGAUAUUUUUUAAUAUUUUUUUUUUUAUUUUUAUUUAUAUUUUGGUAUCAAAUAUUUAACCAUUUUCAAAUUUCUCUUCGGGUUAAUAUUAAAUAAGUGAGUCCUUUUACCACUGUUAAAGUUUAUAUAAAGAAUAUCAGUCUCAAAUUACUAGAGUAUCAGUUUCAUAAUAACAGAAUAUGACAGUAUAACUAAAUUACAAUUUAACAAAAAACAAAAGUCUAUAGACAUGCACAUGAUUCCAAAUAUGCCAUAAUAAUUAAUUUGAAACAAUAAAUAAUUGCAUUUACGACCAUAUGCUUAAACAUAUAUUCGAGAAAAAUAUAGACGCAACAUGCCAGAUCGAUAAAAAUAAAUUAAAAUUGAAACUGCCAUGUUUACCACGAAAACAAUAAGAGCACAAUUGAAGAUGAGAUUUUUUCUGAACUAAAAAAAUAUGAAAAAUAAAUUAAAGUAUUUUCAUUGAAUAUACUAUACAUACUACUAGGACAAACAGCAAAUUCAAAACUGAAGAACAAAACACAGGGUAAUACACUUAAAAUUAAUACUUGUAUGUGUAUGUGUGUGUUUGUGAUAAGAAAAAAUAAUUAAGAUUUAAAAUUACUAAUUAUAAAUUUGAUAUAUUCGGCUAAACCCGAAAACGAACAAGUUAAAACGCAAAUACGUACCGAAGUGAGUGAAAAUCGAACAAAAUAUAUUGAGUAAAUUCAAAAACAAAAGAAACGAUACCCACACAUAUGUAAAUAAAAAGUUAAAAAACUGACUCAAAUCCAAUAUCAUAUAGGCAAAUUAUCAAAAUUUGUGUUGUAAAGUCUAAGAAGCAAAAGAAAUUUACCAGAAUUCUUAUUAAAUGUGUAAGUGUUAAGACAUUACGUAACUUUCGCCGAAAUUCUCUGUGUAAACGAUAAGCAAAACUACAACAAAUUCACUAAAAUGGUUGAGACUUCAAUGAUGUUAAGCUGCGUGUUCACUGUACAAGUUGUAAAAUUAAAACAGAUUUCUAUGGAAAGAUAAGCUGAUAAACCUUUUCGAAUGCCGUUAGUUCAUCAAUGUAUAUAAUGUAAUAAAAUCGAAUCCAAUAAUAAUAAUAUCAAAUAUGAAUAAUUUACGAGUAUAUAAAACGCAUACAAUGACGAAUGGUUAGUGGCUACCUACUACUAUAAUUGUAACUGUAAUUAUAACACCCUGCUGAACUUAAAUUUAUUAUUUACAAUUACCUACUUGUAAGCAGUAAUGCGUAGAUGCCAUAUAAUUUAUUUUCAUGAAUUUUCUAUAUUUUUUCGGUGCGGGAAAAAUUUUUGGAAGAAAGUUGGAAAAAUGUUUGAAGUUGCGAACAUUUAUUUUGAAAACUCGAGGUAUAGCUAGUACACAGAAAAAAGUACCAGAGAGUAUUAAGCACUUAUAAAAUAUAGUUUCUCUAGACUAGAUUAUUCGAACUAUAAUUUUAUAAUACAUAUUAAAAAUUAUUUUUUUUUGAAUUAUUUUUAUGAGUUAUAACAUGAAAUAUUUAACUAAAUAUUUUUUUAUAUUUUUUGAAUAACAUUAUAAAAAUAAAAAUAAAUAUAAAAUUUUUUGUAUUAAGUUUUUUAACGAAUAUUCUAAUGUAAUUUUUUAUUUUGUGUUACUUGUAUGAAAAAAUCAAUAAAGAGUAAGAAGUAAUUAAUUGAGUUUGGUUUUAAUUUCAUUUAAUAUAUUUAAGUAUUUUUUUUUAAAGAGUUUUACUUCUCAUGCUUUUUUAAUUAAAAUUUUUUUUUUGUUUUUUUUUUAUUAUUAACUUUCGUUUAAGAAUUUUUUUUGAGUAGCACAAGAAAUGAUAUAAAAAUGUUUUGUCAAGGAAAGUUUUUUCGGAACUAAAAUUUACAGAUUCUUCAACUUUUCCUAUUUUAUAUUUUCGAAUUUUUUUCGAUAUUAUUAUCUUUCAUUAUUAAUGUCAACUUUUUUUAAUAAUAUUAUUAUUUUAUUUCUCAAAAUUUAACCUAAACACUAUAUUGUCUUAAUUUUUUCAGUAUAAUUUCUUACUUUUUGAACUUUAUUCUGUAUUUUUCCAACUAAUUCGUGAAAUAAGUAGUUUUAAAUUAUGAAAGAAAAAUACUUUAAAAGCUCACUAACUAAUUACUAUGCUUUACUUUACCUUUAUUGAUAGUCCUACUACUACUAUCCUUUUUAAGCAUGCAACAUAUUUUCAUUUUUUUUUAUCGCAUGACAUUUUUUUUUUCUUUACCAAGCAAUAAUAUUUUUUUCCACUACAACCAUUAAAAAAAGUUUAUGAUUUUUACUAAUAAAAAAAUGUACCUGUGAUAUUGCAUAUUUCAUUACAAUUAAACGAGUUGUAAUUUCAUUUUUUAUACGACUACACGAAUUCUACAUAUUAUGCGCAAAAGAAAGUAAUAAAAAUAGAAGGAAGGAAACUAUUAAGCAGAGUUAAAAGGUAGAGUUAAGGGAAUUAGAUGAUAAAAUAUUAUUAAAAAAAUAAUAAAAAUUAUUUACAUACAUAUGUAAAAUAUAUCAAAAUAUAUACUUACAUGUAAGUAAGUAACGAAUUUGGGCGUAAUUAGCAGUAAUUAGUGAAAGAGAACAAAAAAUAUUAAUUUUAAGUAUGAGAAAAAUAUUAAUAAAUAAUAAUUAAUAAAUGAAAAUUAAAAAUUAAUACAAGCCUGCAAGAAAAACUACUUAUUAAAAUUAAAAGUUCGAAAAUCUGUGUGAGCGCUAAAAUGUUUGAAGCUAGCUCAUAGUUAUGCAUUUUAAUUACCCCACUAAACUAAUGAAUAUUAAUUGCAAUUAAUUUGUUUAAUUUUGCGGAUUGUUAAACACUUAAAAGGCGACAAAAAAGAGUAUAAACUGUCAUAACGCACACUCAUACACCCACUCAUAUACAUAAGUUUUUUAUAACUGCGCCAACUUUUAUUUAUUCAGCACUUUCUCAUUACCAGCUUAAUGCGACUAACUUAAUUCGCGCGUAUUAAUUUUGACUUUUAAUCAAAAGCUUAUUGGCUAUUUGAAAACUUAAAUAUUGACAAAUUUAAUAAAAUUGAAAUUACUUUUCGAGUGUUUUUUUCACUUAUUUAUGCAUUAAAUGCCACUUAGCGCUAACAAAUAAGCGCACACGCAUACACACAUAGCAGCAUAUAACUACAACUACAACAAAAGAGCACUCACGGAAGCUGGUCUCCCAGCUACAUUUAAACAACAUUUGGUGGCUAUAAAAAAAUUAUGAAAAAUUAAUAAAAAAUUAAAAGGUAAAUAAAUAUACAGUUAAAUAUAUGUAUAUAUAUGUAUAUAUAAUACAUAUUGAUUAAUAUGCAAAUUUGUUUGUGUUUAACGUUGAAUUUAAGUAUCAUUAAGCAUAUUGAGCGGGUUUUUCCGGCUGCGCUUGAAAGUGCAGCGUAGCGCAACGAAUUUUUUUACUGCCAUCCAAAAGCAAAAAGCUAAUUUAAAAUGUAUAGCAUUUCGAUUGCCAAUAACUGUAAAUCUACAUAUAUUAUCUUCAUAUAUAUACAUAUAUUAUAAUUUUAUGAAAAUAAUGUGUGUUAAUGAACUGAGCACAAUUUAUGGCGAAUUAAUAAUUAUUAAUUAGUUUUUCCACUACUUUUAUACGGCUUAUUGGAAGUUUUUCUUAUUUACAUAUAUAAAUACGAGGAGACCACAUGCGUAAUGUAUAUAUAUAAAAGUUAAAUGUAACGGUACUGUAUUUUAGCGGUAAUUAAGGCGGUGAGCAAGCCGAUUUGCAUGUAAAUUUCGCAUGGAAAAUGUUAAAUAUAAUUAAUUAAUAAUUGUAGUGGUAAUGUUAAGUGUAAUUUUACAUAAUUAUUUGCUUGAAUAUGCAUUUAUAAGUACAUUUGUAUGCUAGUGUUAAUUAUAUAGACAACUAACUGUUAAUAUGUGCUGGUAUUUGCUACGUUAUUGAAGAAAUAAAGAAAGUUUGAAAUUACUUGAGAGUGUAAAUUUUAAAUAAAAGAAUGUAUUUAAGUAAUGUAAUUAUAAUUAAUGUGCUGUAAUUAAUUACUGUAAUUACAUUUUGCAUGUAUUGAAUAAUGCAAUAAUUAAAUAAAUAAUUAAGUAAUGUAAUUAUAUUACAUAUGUAAUUAAAUACUUAAUGUAAUCACAUUCAUUAGUAAUCAUUACAUGUAAUGGAAGUACGAAAAAUGCGAAAAAUGUAAAAGAGCACAUAAAAAGAUUUAAAAUUUAAGGAAAAUGUUCGAAAAAACUGUAAUUUAUAUAAAAUUAAUUUGAGAAAAAAAAUUGAAAACAAAACUAUAAUAAAGCGAAUUAACAGAUUAGUGUACUGAAGGUAAUGGAAGCGAAAAAAAAUACAUAUUUGCCAUGAAUAGCGUAUAAAAAGAAAAAUAUUAAUAAUAAAAAAUGGUUUAAAAAAUUAUUAUAAAAUAUAUGAAAAAAUAUUUAAAAAUGUAUUAUAAAAAAUUAAAAAAAAUAUAUAUAUAAAAAACUAAAAAAUAAACUAAUGUAGAAAAUAUCAAAAACUUAUUAUGAAAAAAAAUUAAAAAUUAUAAAAAACAAAACUGUAAAAAUUAAAAUAAAAUAGUUUAAAAAAAUAUUAACGAAAAAACUAGUUAUGAAAUGAAAUUAAAACAAAACACUUAAUAAAUAAUUAAACUAAUUGAAAAUGUAUACAAUAAACACUGAAUAUUAAGUACUCACAUAAAUACAUACAUAUAUACUUAAAAAAGUUGUACACAAAAAACAACAUAAAUACAUAUAAACAAAUACGAGCAUUUAAUUAAAUAUGAUAAAGGACUAUUUAAGUGUAUUGUUUAAGAGCAAAAACAAAAAAACUCUCACACUCACAGACUCUUAACUGUUAAUGUAUGUAUGUAUUACGCGGAUAAAAUUAAGCAUUUGAAACGACAACAACAAAUAAACGAAUUAUGUAUGUAAUUAAUAUAAAAUUGUGUAACAAAUAGCAAACAAAUAAAUUAUAAAAAAAAAACAAAAAAAAACUGAAAAUAUUUAAUAAAAUUAUUGCAAAUACAAAUACGAAUAAUAAAAAAAUUGAAUUAGCAUGUUUAUUACGCAUUUUAGUGGCAAAAUUUACAAACAAAUACAUGUAAUGAAUAACGGUGCAGUUGGAAAAAAAGCAGAUGUAAGAACUACAACAACAAUAGCAAGGCAACAAACAGAUCAAGCGAUAAAUAGCGCAUAGCAGACAACAGACAAUUACAACAACAAUAAAGUGAGAAAAUAAAUAUUUUUUAUUUUGCGUUCAAAUGGUCAAUAAUUGCAUUACAAUAAAAACAAACAAAUUAGCUAUUUGUUGUUUAAAGAAAAAAACAUGAAGAGCAAAUUUAGUUACAUAAAAAUUAAAAAAAAAAAUUAUGAAAGGAAAAAAAAUAUUUAAAAUUUAGUUACAUGAAAAUUAAAAAAAAAUAUAUAAAUAAAGAAAAAAUUAAAAUUAAGAAAAAAAAAAUAACAAAUUACAAUAAAUACAAUAAAUAAAAAAAAAACGUAUAAGCUGCCAGCUAUAAUCAGCAUUAGACUAAUGUAAGUGGCAUUUUGUUGUGCAGCCCGAAAAGUGAGGUUAUGUAGUAGUUGUAAGCGUACUGAACAAUAGCGAGCACAUAAAUUGCAGUAAGCAUAAAUAUUGCAAUUAAAUGAAUAAAUAAAAAGCAACUAUUAAUUUAAUUUAAUGAUAAAUAUGAAUGAAAAAAAAACCUAAAUAUUAAAAAUAAAAUUUUACAUGAGAUGUGAAUUUAAAAAAAUAUUAAAA